UGGAACAACCCUCUCAGUGAAACAACCAAGUCAAGUGAAAGAUCAUUCCCGGCAGUGUUUCUGGGUGCUGCUUUUCAGGUGAUUCUGCGCCGGUACCGUGGCAUCAGAAGAUCCGCAGGAAUUAUCCUCGAACGGGCGAUAGCGCGUGUGCCUUCUGGAAAGAAGACGAGGGCGAUGAGAGGCGGCAAACCACACGGAACAGGACACGUGAUCGCACGUAUCACACGUCUAUAUUCGGCAGGCAAAAUGUUUGUUUCUGGCCGAGCACAGAUGGCAUAGACUCAGACUGCUGGUUCCGUGAAGCUCGCGGGAGAGAGAGAGAGAGAGGGGGGGGGCCUGCUGAUAAAAGGGGUUUGUUAUAGACAAGUUCCCACGUCUCAUUCAGUUUUAAUGGUCCCCUCCUUUUGCUGAUACAGUUUAGCUUUGCAAAGCUGACUUCUUGUCAAGGGAUUUAUGCACCGGCGUAAUUAUAGCCUUUAUGAUGAUGCUCUUGUUUGCCCUGGCAUUCCCUUGCAGCAGCCUCAGCAACAAACGCUCUUCAUUGGUGCAUCUCCAAUGUGACAAAGAAGAAGCAAACACACGCAAAAAACAUUGCCACUUCAGACUUCAGGUUGACCAUCGUCCAGUUUUUCGUUUAUAUACAUGUUUGAUCGCUGACUGGUUGUGAAGCCACUUAUUUUGAGGACUAUGUGCUUGUGCACAAACUUGCCCAACCUUUGGCUGAAUCCACAUGCACCACGUUUCAGAUUGCGGAUCCAUCAUCCACUCCUCUCAGUAACCGUAUUAUAUUUUUAUAUAUGGCCCUCAAAUCAUCCCAAAUCACCCCGGGCCUAUGCAUGGAUCAUUCCCUUGUGCAGAGGAAACUUGUUUGUGCAAGUUCCACGUUCCACCUCUGAAGAAAAGAAAAGACCUGGGUGGUUCUGAUGUGAGUCGCCAAAAUGACAAACAAAUAAACAACAAACGCUCCUACAUGUCCCCAUAUGUCCCCACCCCAUAUCACGUAUAUGCAGCUUGCAUUCAGUUUGCAUAUAUAGUGCGGAAAUCCCCCACAACUUCUCCCCCCACACACAACCACCACAAUCCCUUCAGGCAGCACGAGUGCCUCAUCCUCAUCCGCCCCAAUAGCGACGGGGACCGCGGUCGGUGCUCGGCCUAUGUGGUGGUUCGCCUGUGCGAGGACCGCUUCGCGAACUGGGCCCGGGAACACUUCAGCCUCGUCCUCAGCUCGGCACGGCGAACGGCCUUGGCUUACCUGAACCGCCCCGGGGUCGUGCAGCUGCGGGAGCAAGACCGACGCUUCUACGUGAUCAUCUCCCUCCAAAGCUUCAAGCGUGGAAUGCCUCUCCUGCCAGCCUACAAGACUGAGCCUUCUUUGACGGAGAUCGACGCGGGCACGCCUUACGGGCUUCGGAGGUGGUUGAGGUAUGAGCUCAGCUCCUCCUCGAAGUUUCACUUGGCAGACUAUUUGAAGGUUUUCCUACGACGCCUGGGAGUGGAGAUCGAGGCAUAUG